GUUUUUGCCUCCUUUUUUACCUGGACUAUUUUUGCUAUUGUUUCAUCGUCUAGUUUGUUUACCUUUUUGCCACGCCCUUUCUCUGGAUUAAACCCACCUUAUUUAUUGGAUUACUGUCUGUGUAUGUGUUUUGCUUCUGGAUCCAAACUUCACCACAUCUCCAGCACCCAUAACAGUACAUUCUGGCCAGCAUGGAUCCAGCGGAAUUCACCCAUCUGAGAACAGCCAUCCAGCAACAAGGGACUCUCCUUGGGACCCACCAACAAGACCUACAACAAAUUACUCAGAACCUCGCCACCCUGUCCAACUCACUCAACCUCCUCACCUUGCAGAUGCAGCACUAUCAAGCCGUGCCUACCCCUGCCCAGCUGUCUCCUACUUCAGCUCCUGCCACCGCUUCUCUCCGUGAGCCGAGACUCCCAGCACCUCAGCCCUACAAUGGAGAACCAGGUACUUACAGAUCAUUUUUGUCUCAAUGCUCAUUAAUCCUAAAGCUGCAACCUCUGGCCUUCCCCACAGAACGUUCCCGGGUAGCAUAUACCAUCAUGUUAAUUACUGGCAAGGCCAGGGAGUGGGCAACAGCGGUCUGGGAUGCCAAUGCACCCUUUUGCUCCAAUUUCAAAGAUUUCUCAGAGGAGAUGAGGCGAACUUUUGACUGCUCUCUGUCUGGCCGGGAGGCGGCUAGAGAACUCAUGGAGCUGCAGCAGGGGUCCUGGUCUACCUCGGACUAUGCCAUCGAGUUCUGGAUGUUGGUGGCAUCGUGCGGUUGGAACGAGAGCGCCCAGGUUGACGCGUUCCUGCACGGCUUGUCCAACGCCAUUAAGGAUGAAUUGGUAUCGCGGGAACUGCCGUCAGACCUCUCCAGCCUCAUGGACCUCGCCAACCGUAUUGACGCCUGGAUCCAGCAACGGAGGAGAGAAAAGACCUGCCCCAGCUUCACCUCCUCUCCACCUCCCGCCUCGUCCGUCAAACCCAUGCAGGUAGACCGGGUUCGGGUGUCAGCAGAGGAACGACAGUGCCGGCGGAACACAGGGGCCUGCUUCUACUGCGGUCAGCUAUGACACAUCUGCCGAGCCUGCCCGCUAAAAGGACGAGCCCACCAGUGAAUCGAGGGGCCCUGGUGGGCAACACUCGGAACAAGCUCCCCGCUGAUCGACCAUUACUCCCUGUCAUCAUCAUCCAUGACAACCAGCAUCACCACCUCCAGGCCCUCGUCGACUCAGGGGCGGACAGGAACCUGAUCUGCUCCACCACCGCCAAGCGUCUGGGAAUCCUGUUACUCGCUCUCGACCUUCCUCUCACUGUCCUGACACUCAAUGGCACCAGCUUGACCACCAUCUCCCACCUUACCGCCUGCUCACCCUGAGGAUUUCCAGUAACCACUCAGAAACCAUCCAACUUCACGUCAUGAACGACCCCAACAUACCCAUAGUCUUAGGAUUACCCUGGUGUGGCAGCGGGGGCAUGGUCAAGCGUCAGUCUGUGACCGGAGGGUGGAGUCAGGGAAGGACAUUCACAGGAAGCGGAUGGAGAAAGACCUGUUGGAGUUACAGACUCUGAUUGAGGCUCACUUUGAGCAGAGGAAGAAGGAGGAGGAAGAGCUGAUCGGACUGAAGGAGCGAAUUGAGAGACGGCGCUCUGAGAGAGCCGAGCAGCAGCGCGUGCGAGCCGAGAAAGAACGAGACCGACAAACUCGCCUCGCUGAGGAGCGUCAGAGGAAGGAGGAUGAGGAGGCAAAGAAGAGAGCAGAUGAUGAGGCUAAGAAGAAGAAAGUUUUGUCCAACAUGGGAGCAAAUUUUGGCGGCUUCCUCGCUAAGGCGGAGCAGAGACGAGGGAAGCGUUUGACUGGGAGGGAAAUCAAGCGGAAAACUUUAUCAGAAAGACGAUCAGCUCUCGGCAUUGACAAUCUGAGAGAGGAUGGACUGCGGCAGCGAGCUCAGGAGAUGUGGGAGUGGAUUUAUCAGUUGGAGUCGGAGAAGUUUGAUUAUAUGGAUCGGAUGAAGAGGCAGAAGUACGAGAUUGUGGUGCUUCUGAACAGGAUUUCACAUGCCCAGAAGUUCAAAAAGGUCCAUGGAAAGGGAAAAGUUGGAGGUCGUUGGAAAUAAACUGUUCUUACAAAGCAGAAGUUAGAAAAUGGAUGAAGAGAAAACAGAAAUGAAAUUAGACAAGAAAUAGAAUUAAAAAACUCUUCCUCUUUAUUCAUUCACAGAGUUGCACUGCACUCGUCUUUAUGGCCCAGAAGGACGUCUUCAAAAUAAAACAUGAUCUAAUCUA